CAUGUGCAGUCGGAUCGAGCAAGACGAUAGCAAACUCAGCAGCAGUGGACAGAUAGGAGGCUAGCUGACCAUGCCGGGGCUCAUGACGAUGAUGGCACUAGCACCAUCGCCGCCCAUGUCGGUGAGGCCAUGCUUCUGCAACAAGAUGAGGGGUACUACGAUGUUGCUGGUCAAGAAUCGUUCUUCUUCCCAAGCACAUCUCCUCGGCCGCCGCAGCUGGCGCGCUCCGGCAGCGACGACGGUGGCCACCGCAGCCGCAACUGCCUUUCAUGUUGAUGAGCAGGAACGGGAAGAGAUGAUGAUGCGGCGCCUGGCGGAGGACGGGUGGGUGGACGAGCAUAUGCUGCCGCUGCUCACCCCCGUGGAGGAGGCCUGGCAGCCGGCCGACCUGCUGCCCUCCUUCGUCGUCUCCGCCGACGAGCAGCGGAGCCAGGUGGCGGAGCUCCAGGCCCGUGCGGCUGGCGUGCCCGACGACCUCCUCGUCUGCCUCGUGGGCAGCAUGGUCACGGAGGAGGGCCUGCCCGGCUACAUGUCCAUGGCCAACCGCGUGGCGGGCGGCGGCGACGCCACCGGCUGCGACGACCACGGCUGGGCGCGCUGGCUGCGCGGCUGGACCGCCGAGGAGAACCGCCACGGCGACCUGCUCAACCGCUACCUCUACCUGUGCGGCCGCGUGGACAUGCGGCGCGUCGAGACGACGGUGCACCACCUCCUCGGCCGCGGCAUGCGCGCCAUGCUGCGGCCCUCCAGCGCGUACCACAGCCUCAUCUACGGCUCCUUCCAGGAGCGCGCCACCUUCGUCUCCCACGCCCGCACCGCCAGGCAGGCGGGCCUCCACGGCGACGCCUGCCUCGCCAAGCUCUGCGGCGUCAUCGCGGCCGACGAGAGGCGCCACGAGGCAGCCUACACCAGGGCCGCCGCCAGGGCCUUCGAGGACGACCAGGACGGCAUGGUGCGGGCGCUCGCCGCCGUGAUGCGCGCCAAGAUCACCAUGCCCGGCGAGCUCAUGGACGACGGCCGCGACGAGCGCCUCUUCGAUCACUUCUCGGCGGUUGCGCAGCGCUCGGGGGUGUACACGGCGGCGGACUACGCCGACAUGGUGGAGCACUUCGUGCGCAGGUGGAAGGUGGCGGAGCUCGGCGCCGGCCUGUCCGGCGAGGGGCGGCGCGCGCAGGACUACGUGUGCGGGCUGCCGCGCAAGAUACGCAGGAUGGAGGAGCUGGCUCAAGACCGUGCGGCCCAAAUGGGGGCCCAGUCGGUUUGCUUCAGUUGGGUGUUCGAUAGGCCCGUCCGCAUCCACUGAUGGGCUAGCCUCUUCCAAAUGAAGGUUGGGGGCCCAUUCGUCACUCAUCAACUGAACAAGGCCCAACUACUUCUACUUAUUUUAUUUUCCCUAAAUAAAAAACUUCUCGCUGCUUCUAAGCAUUAGAUUAGAGUAACAAUCAACUAUAAUAAAUAUAUCCUAGUACAAGUACGUCUGGUUGCAUUUGUAUUCUGUUUACCACUACUACGUAUCUGAAAUGUUGUUGCUUAUGUAUAAUUAUAUAUGUGCAUUGUUUAUAAUUAAUCCUAAAUAUUCCUUUGCUGAA